UGUUGAAGCAGUGUCAGAUUGAGUUCAGAACUUUGUUAAGCAGAAAGCACACAUAGGUCUCUUGGCCAAUCCAGCUAGCAAUUACUUUUAGUAUGAAGCCAUGGGUUCUCCUUCUCGUCCUCCUCCUCUCUUUGGUAUUUUGCCUGGGAGCGCCAGCGACGGUCUUCAGUGAGAACUUUGUGCCGGUAUGGGGUACAGAUGGUUAUCACCUAGCCAAUCAGGGGACACAAGUUUCCCUCACCAUGGAUAGAAACUCUGGGGCAGGAUUCAUCUCCAAGAUGAUUUAUGGCUCAGGGUUGUUCCACAUGAGGAUCAAGAUACCCGCCGGGUAUACUGCCGGAGUUGUGACGGCCUUCUAUCUCACAACGGAACCCGAGUACGGUGACCACGAUGAGGUGGAUUUCGAGUUCUUGGGCAACGUCAAUGGCAAGCCAGUGGCUCUCCAGACCAACAUCUUCCUAAAUGGCCAGGGCUACAGGGAGCAGAAGUUCUACCUCUGGUUCGACCCAUCAGCAGCUGUUCAUGAUUACAAGAUACUCUGGAACCAACACCAGCUCGUGAUGCUCGUCGAUGAAACGCCCAUCCGAGUGCUGAAGAACGUAGCGGGCCACAUGCCGGGCUACCUGUUCCCCACGAGGCCGAUGAAAAUCCGGGCGAGCAUUUGGGACGGCUCUGGGUGGGCGACAGACAAUGGCAAGAUCAAGGUCGACUGGAACCGUGCGCCGUUCAGCUCCACGUUCCAGAGGUUCAAUGUCGAUGCCUGCCCCGUCACCAGAUCAGGUGCGCCGUGUGGCUCGCCCAACAUGUGGUGGAACAAGUUUCAGAACCUAACUCCCAUUCAGAAGGCAGCGUACAAAAACGUCAAGAGAAAGUACAUGACUUACAACUACUGUGACGACAAGGGAAGGUCCAACCUACAUCUGCUGGGAGAGUGCACCUACAACUAACUGCUUUAUGUAUGACCAUAAACAAAUUUGUCUAAUAUCUAGAAGCUCGCCCGUGAAGAAUCUACCUCAACCGACUCUAAUGAUAUGUAGCGGUCGAGGUAGAUUCUUCUUUUCUUCAAAAAAUCCUCUUCCAAAACUGUACAAGCUUCUAGAUAUUAAAUAGAGAAUCUAUCA